GGGCGCGGGUCGCGGCGCAGGCGCAGCGCGCACGGCGGGCACCGGGGCUGGCCGGGCUCUUUUGUUCGAGGGAGGCGGACGGAGAGCGGCCAGGCCCGCGGCGACACCGACCGGCCCCCGCCUGCAGCCCCUUCCCUCGGCGACGGUUGGCGGGGCUGUGCAAGCAGCGUCGCCCGUAAGCUGAAAAACUGGCCAGCACAAUGGGAAAAAAACAGAACAAGAAGAAAGUGGAAGAGGUUUUAGAGGAAGAGGAGGAGGAGUAUGUGGUGGAGAAGGUCCUGGAUCGGCGAGUGGUGAAGGGCAAAGUGGAAUACCUGCUGAAGUGGAAAGGCUUCUCGGAUGAAGAUAACACAUGGGAGCCAGAGGAGAACCUCGACUGCCCAGACCUCAUUGCAGAGUUCCUGCAGUCCCAGAAAACCGCACAUGAGAGCGAGAAGUCCGAGGGGAGCAAGCGCAAAGCGGAGUCUGACACGGAGGAUAAAGGGGAGGAGAGCAAACCAAAGAAGAAGAAGGAGGAGUCGGAGAAACCACGAGGCUUUGCCCGAGGAUUUGAGCCCGAGCGGAUCAUCGGUGCCACGGAUUCCAGCGGGGAGCUCAUGUUCCUGAUGAAGUGGAAGAACUCUGACGAGGCCGACCUGGUCCCUGCCAAGGAAGCCAACAUCAAGUGCCCCCAGGUGGUCAUCUCGUUCUAUGAGGAGAGGUUGACAUGGCAUUCCUACCCCUCAGAGGACGAUGACAAGAAAGAGGACAAGAACUAAGCCCUGGCACCCGCUCUGGCCAGCCUUUGUAUAAAGAUCUGAACUGUGGGUUUGAGCAAGAGGGAGAGAACGCAGCUCUGCUCGGUUGGGAGCGUAGAGAUGGCUGGAGAAGAUGCCCUUUGAAGAGACCAGUAUGGUUUCUGUGCCCUGCAGCUGCUCAACUGCUUUCUGCAGCUUCAUGCUGUGUACAGAUUCAAACCAGCCCGGCUCAAUUUUAGGGGGGGGGGGGGGAGGGGGAAGGAAGGGAAAGGCAGGGGGAUGCUGGGGUGGGAAUGAGGGGAGGAAAAGUGGGGUGUUUGUUUCAAAGCUGCCUAUUCUGCAGCUUGAGGGGGAGAGGAAGCAAAGCCCCUUCCAUGAAGGACUAUCCCUGGUGCUGGGUGGGCUGGGGAAAGGGAGUGCAGAUGGAUACUGCUUAUUCUUCAAAGACCAUCUCAGCAACCCACAGCCUUCUUCCCAAUAGUGUUAACUCUGCAUUUUUACGGCGUAGCAUGUGUGUAGGUUUUUGGGUUUGUUUCCUUUCUUCUUUUGUUUCUUUUGCUAUUUACUGGUGUAUUGGUUCAAGGGGGGGGGGGUGGGAGGGGGGAGGGAUGUGGGGAAAUUGGUCUCUUGUUUAACUGGGGAGGGAGGGAGGGACACGAGGUCUGGUGACGAUGUUCCAGCUCAUUUCCAGCUCUUUUGUAGACCCUGAAUUCAGCAAAGCAAAGCAGAAUAAAGGCAGGGGUGGGGGGGACAGAGUGGGGGGCACAGGGACACUGACGUGACACUCACACUGUGAACGUCCCGAUCUCUGGAGCCGAGAUCCUCAACCCCCUGCGAGCGAUGUGGAAAGGGAGGGAUGAGGGGAAGGGGGGUUUGGGGAGGGGAGGGGGGGACUUGUGAAAAUGCAAACUUGUGAUUCGUAUUGUCCUGCAGCAGAACUGCCAGUUACUGACUCAUGCAUUGUAUAGGGGGGGGAUGGAUUUUAACCCUUCAAAAGCCUUUCUUUCCAUUACAAGGUGCUAUUUCUCAAAACUGGGGGGCGGGGGGAUGAGGGGAGAGACUUCUGACUGCUUGUUCCUUUUCUCACCUUCAUCUGCCUAUAGCCAGCCCGCAGCAUUGGGAACCUUUCCGUUGUGGGAGGGAGAGGGAAUCAACAGCAGCACAAGAAACCAACCCAAUUCCAUUGUAUCCCUGCCCCAUGGCGGGGAACGGGGUGGGGGGGUUGGAACUAGAUGAUCUUAAGGUCCUUUCCAACCCAAACCAUGUCUUAGGAUUGUAUAUUCUCCCUUAAGAAGCGAUGGGUGGAGGAGGCCACACUUUGGUGCUGGAGCUGGACGCGUGACCCCCCCAAUCUUCUCGAGUCGUCGUUCGUUUCUCGUUUUGUUCUUUUUGUUUUUUAAAUCAGAUUUAUUACAAAUCCUGAUCUAUUUAAUGGCCGGAGCCCUGAGCCCCACCAGGCUCCCGGCCCCUCCUGCUGGGGUGGUAUGUAUCUAGACUUGCAUUGUACAAACCUGUUGUUUUUUUAAGAGCAUGUGUUUAGGUUUCUGUGAAGACGUUGUUGAACUGUAAAGUUACGUGUUUGGAUUCGAAGUUCAUCCCAAGCUCUGUCGGGUUGGGGUUUUUUUGGUUAUGUUCUUUUUAUUUUUUUGGUUAUUUUUGGGGUUUUUUUUUUUGCUGUUUUGUUUGGUUUUUUUUUUUGUUUGGUCUCAAUAAAAUUUUAGAUUUAUAAUCCUGAUUUUUUUCUUCUCUACCAGCUCUUUGUGCAUGACAAUGAGUGACGAGGUGUAGAGAGCGGGGCACGGAGGGAUGCGGCUGCGGCUCCCUGCGAGCAGGGGCAGCGCUGGUGCAGCCCAGCUCAGCCGCUGGCUCCCGACAGCAGCCGGAGCCGCUGAGCCUGGCUUCUGGUUUAUGUUGGCUUCCAUCUGGAGAAGAGAAAUGGCCUAGAGGGAUGGGGGUUUAAAGCUCUGGCAGUGGUUCUGGUGACCGGUUGGUUGAAGAUGGUCUCCUGUUGUAUUCCUGGUGUGGACUUGCCGAGGGCUGGAAGCUCCUGUGUGUGUGGAGAAGAGGAGACUCGUCCUCCUGUGCGCUUGUACGGAGAGCAGAGUGGGCUGAAGCGCUUCUAAGAGGAGGAUUGUGGCUCCUGCCUCACGGGUUUCCAUUGCUGCCAGGGUGCAGGAUGGAGCAGGGAGGCUUUGGGUGGUGGUCAGAGCAGAGCAGGGGCUCCAGCGGCCCCUCAAGGGCUGCAAAACCCCUGGAAACCCAGGUCAUUUGCAGCAGCACAGCCUGUCCCCAGCGGGACGGUGAAACCUCUGCCCUGCCCCAGCAGAAGCAGCAAUUAAACCUGUAUUAAUCACUGGCUGGA